AUGCUCGGAGGGAGCUCGGAGCGAGAUUCUCCAUCAUCGAACUUAAAGGCCCCGACGGGAGAAGUUCCCAUGUCUGUCGCGACGAGUCAACCCGACUCAGAUCCGGAAUCCUCGCCCCACGGCCAUGUCCCUGGUACAGAUGUGUCUUUCCCUUCAGAUCGUUUAGGAUCCCCCGAGACUGCUCAAUCCCCUGUCGCAUCCACUCAGGCCUUUGAAAGUACUUCCACAACAAACCUGGCGGAUGCACCCAAGAAACAGCAUCUGCUGUUGCCUGUUCCAUCGCAUACAUCCUUGAAAGCAGACAAACAAUCAACAUCGGAGAAUGCCCACGAUACCGCCAAUGAUGAUUCAGAGAACACGCUCCGAGGAUCGAGGAGGAGUAUUCUAAAAGGUCGAAGGGACCGGAGUAGAGGAAGUAGCUUCAGAUCUCGGCGGCAGAAUCCAGAGGCAGCGAGCAUCGAGGAAAACAAGACAGCAAGUCCUGACUUACGCGACUCGACAAAGUCGGAGAAGAAGAGCAAAGUAUCCUCCAGACUAUUGGCCUUCUUGAGUUGUUGUUCGUCUUCCUCCAAUGUUGAUCCCGAGGAUGCUGCAGUUCCUCCAAAGAGGACGUCUCGACGGCAAUCGGUCCCGAUCACGCAGUCGACUCCGGAAAAGGCAGACGCUAACACCGGGGAUUCAAGCACUGCAGAAUCCAAGGAACCAAGCUACUUUCGCGAUGAGAAGCCCAAUGCCACUGUGACACCGGAUCAGACACCGUUCCAAGUGGAUGAGGAACGGUCUGUCAGGCCUCUUGAUCAAAAUCCGCAAGUUGACGGUGCAGCACCCUCGCUGGACAAACCUGAAUUUGGUCCCGAAACGCCUUUGAAACAGGAUUACGAAAGGCAUAACCCUGAUGAAUCUCACAGUCAUCAAAUCCCCUCUGGCUCUGUGUCGGAGAAGACCGAGGAUUCAAUUCAAAAGCCUGAGGACCACGCUUCCGUAGCAACGACAACAAACAAGGCUGAAGAUACAUAUAGGGACAGCGAUGGGGCGAUUGCUAACUCAACUGACGACGAAGUUGGUCCAAAAGACGAGAAAUAUCCUACCCAUGAGGAGGAUGCUAUGAAGCUACCUACAAAGUUGCCUCCUCCCCCACCGCUAAUUCAGACGGGGAAGCAAGCGCAGCUCGGGCAACAGGAGAGACAACCACAGCAGUGGUUGUUGCCACCACCUCUGCCUCAACUGCAGAACCGAAAAUGCCUGGUUCUGGAUCUGGAUGAGACACUUGUUCAUAGUAGCUUCAAGGUUCUCGAACGCGCCGAUUUCACCAUUCCUGUUGAAAUUGAAGGCCAAUAUCACAACAUCUACGUGAUCAAACGACCUGGUGUCGACCAGUUCAUGAAAAGAGUCGGAGAGCUGUAUGAAGUGGUGGUGUUUACAGCAUCUGUCUCCAAGUAUGGGGAUCCCUUAUUGGAUCAAUUGGACAUCCACAAUGUCGUCCACCAUCGUCUAUUCCGGGACAGUUGCUAUAACCAUCAAGGCAAUUAUGUUAAGGAUUUGUCCCAAGUUGGUCGCGACCUUCAAGACACUAUCAUCAUCGAUAAUUCUCCGACAUCGUAUAUAUUCCACCCCCAACACGCGAUACCUAUCAGCAGCUGGUUCUCUGACGCCCACGAUAACGAGCUUCUUGAUUUAAUACCCGUCCUCGAAGACCUUGCCAGUACACAAGUGAAAGACGUUAGCCUGGUUCUCGACAUCGCUCUAUAA